AUGGAUUCCUCAGUAAACAAAUCCACCUUCCCAAUUUUCACCACCAACCCAUUUUUGCUCUCCAAAAGAUAUUCUCUCAGACCCUUCAAGGUUUCCAUCAAACCACCACCUCCAGACUUCAAUUACAAGCUAGAGAUAUCCAAAGAAUCCAGAGCUGUCAUAGAAGAAUCUUAUCCUGAGUUGCUUGACUUGGCUGACAAUGGUAGCUUGGUUUUGGUACAGAAGAAAAGGUUUGGCCCUGUUCCUUCUUGGAGGACUGAAUUUGUUGAACCUGAAUAUAUUUGGCUGAUUGGAACUACUCAUGUUUCAAAAGAAUCAGCUAUGGAGGUUGAGCGUGUUGUGAAGGCUGUGAAGCCAGAUAAUGUAGUUGUUGAGCUUUGCAGAAGCAGAGCUGGGAUUAUGUAUGCUGAUGAUGAUCAGCUUGACAAACAGUUAAGGUCUACUAUGUUUUCCUUAAGCGGAACUGGAUUUUUUGGAGCUAUCGGUCGUAGCAUAAACCUUGGUGGUCAAACUGCUUUAGCAUUGAGAUUACUUUUGGCCGCGUUUUCAUCAAAGAUCUCUUCGGAUAUUGAUCGCCCUUUUGGUGAUGAGUUCCGUGCUGCUCGUAAAGUAUCAGAGGAAAUUGGCGCACAAAUAGUUUUGGGAGAUAGGCCAAUUGAAAUAACACUUCAGAGAGCAUGGAAGGCUUUGAAUUGGACUCAGAAGUUGAGUUUAUUGAGAAUAGUUAUCAGUGGAAUAACAUCUUCAUCAGGAAUUUCUACGAAUAAGCUCGAGAAAGCAAGUUCAGAUGAUGGUACACUUCAGCUCUACGAGCAACUGAGUUUUUCAUAUCCAUCCCUACUGCCACCGCUUAUUCAUGAACGAGAUACCUAUCUUGCAUGGUCUUUAAAGAGGAGCAAAGCUGUGAAUAACUGUAAAAGGGUGGUAGGUGUAAUUGGAAAAGGCCACAUGAAUGGUGUUAUAUAUUCACUGUUAGCUGAUACCGGGGAUUUGAGGUUUCGAGACCUUGUUGGAAAAAAUUCAUCUGGAGGUUCAGGUGGCUGGAUUGAUGGCUUAGUCAAGAGUUUAGUGAGGGACACUGUGAUUGGCAUUGUCCUAUGGGCUUUAUAUGAGUAUAUAAAUGAUGGAACAUAA